UGCAAAGUUAGAAGAAAAGAGGAAGCGAGAAGAAGAGAAGAGAAAUCAAGAAGAAGAACAGGUACAGCUUACAAGUAGUAAUGCUGUUGAGAUAGCUUGGUAGAUUCCAAGGAAAGCAUAGGUUAGCUUUUGGUACUUUAUGGAUUGUAUCUGCAACUGUUAUGGACAAACAUUACGAUUUACUCUGUAGCAUUCAUUAGCUAUGCUACCAUUUUCUUUGUUGUGUACUGUCUUUCUUUGGUAAGGUUUGUCUUGUUAAUAAUUGCUUCAAUUGUUUCUCUUUGUUAGACAAGAAAAAGACUGAAGAGUAAAGAACAUUUUGUAAGCUGGUUCACCAAGACAUCUACCCCCAAGGUACCAAAUUGAAAAUAUUUUUUUAUCAAACACAGAUCUUCUGAAUAAAUGUACUACUGCUGACUAAUCUAACUUACCUUAUAUCUCCAAUGUAUUAUGUUGGUCCAAUUGGUGGGACAUCACAUGAACUGUUUAAAACACCUUUAUUAGCACUAGGAAUUAUAAAUUUAAAAGGUCCCAUGGUUUCUUCUUUCACUGUUUGGUUUUAGAUUGGCUGCUACUGAAAAAAUAUCAGACUGUGGGAGAGUUUAAACAUAAAAGAUUGUUUUUUUAUGUUACCAGCAUUCUGUGUUUUGGUUGCAUGGUGUAUUAAGCUCAAGCAUUAUCAAUUCCCUGCUAGUUCCAUUGUAUUAAUGAAAUUCUUAUGUUUGGUUUCAGGCUUCAUCAGACAGUGGUAGUAGAUUCAAACCAUUUCAGCCGAAAGCGGAAUGACCAUUGCUCCAGCAACACGUAAACACUUGUCACUUGAAACAAAAAAAGUCUUAGAUGAGGAACUUAAACUACAGGUAUGUAUCUCAAGCUAAUAACAAAAUAUCAAAAAACAUCCAGUAGUGUUGAGUGUAGCAAUCAAACAGUUUUAAGAACAUGUAUACUACUUUGUCGUAGUGCUACAGAACAAUAAAACUAGUGAAUAGAGGAUCAUUCAUUGUUUCAUAUUCUAACAUACUUUGAAUUUGAAAAAUAAUUCUGCAGUAGUGUAGGUUCUUGAGAUAGACUCUUUGAAUAUAACCAGUUCUGACAAAUUCCAGACAAACAAGUUCUCAAAUAUCCAUGAAGUUCUGGAGUCUGAUUAAACUUGCCUUUCAGUGUGUCUGUGCAUUACAUAUAUUUUAAAAUAAACUUACCUUUGACCUUGUAGGAAGACCACAGGUCCUAUCUGAGAGAUCUAGAGGCUAGAAAACCAAUUCUCAAAUACAGGAAGAGGAAACUGUCUACCAUUGAGGAACAGAAUGAAUGUGAUACUGAUGAAAAGACAUCUGAUGGACCUUUAGCAAUUGAUGAAAACAGCAACUCAAGUGUUGAAAUUGUUGAGAAAAAGAAGGACAUUUCUUCCUUUGUUGGCCUGAGGUGCAAACUAUUACAGUUCCACACAGACUACAGGCCAGCAUACUUUGGUACAUAUAGAAAGAAAAGCUACCACAUCUCUCCAAGGAACCCAUUCAAAAAAGACUUGGUAUAGUAAACCGAAACUAUUAUUUAAUUAUUAACAAUUAACUAUUAAAAUUUAUGUAAUGUCACAGAGAUGCUCCUUUCAUCUGGAAUUCAAACCAAAGAGAUUGUUGCUGUCAGUCAAUCAAUUAAUUAAUUGAUCUGCCAUCAUUUUUCUGUUUACAAGAUUAGCAUUUAGGCUUCACCUUCUGUUACACUUGCAUCUCAAAACAAACCAUUUAGUAAACUUGUGGAUAGAUAAUCAACAAUCUCCCAUAUUCUCCAGGACUUGUUGGAUUAUGAGGUUGACAGUGAUGAUGAAUGGGAAGAGGAGGAACCAGGUGAAAGUCUCUCACACAGUGAGGUAAUGAUUAUGCUCCAAGACAAAUACAACUGCAGACUUAGAAGUCCUUGAAAAAUAAAUUGAUAGUGAUGGAAAACUCCGCCAUAAUAAGCUACUGCUUUAUUCUAGGCUUAUCUGCCAUCUUUAUUAUCCAGGGCUUUAUCCACUGGUACUUUGAUCAACAUGGCCACAGUUUUCAUUCUGUUUAUGCUGAAACUGGUCAGGGAUGUGGGCCGAUUACAUUCUGAUGAGGCAUCCUUUUUUUAUCAUGAUCAGUGAAGUCAAUUUUAAUUUUCAGGGAGAGGAUGAAGGUGAUGGUGAUGAUGACAAUGGAGAUGAUGAUGGAUUCUUUGUUCCUCAUGGUUACUUAUCAGAUGAUGAAGGAGUUGAGGAUGGAGAUGAUGAUGAAUGUGAUGUGAAUGAAGAAAAGAAGGUAUUAGACUUACUGCUGCCAGUUGUAAUUACAUAUUUCUACACAACAACAAAAAUAAACCUGGGGGUUUUGCAGUAUUAAUAUUAUUUUUUUCCUUACAGGAAGAGAAUCCUGAAAAUAAAAGAGAUCAACAGCUUGCAAAGGCCAAGGCAUGGGAAGCUGCAAUGAAAAGAAAGUGCAAGCCAAUGAAGCCAAUAUCACUGGGAUGCCUGUGGCUUGAGGAAGCUGAAGUGAGUGUGGUGCUCAAGCAGUUUGCUGCAUGCUUACUUGUUGAUGGACCCAUAAACAUUGAAAGCCUGUCUACAAACAGUAAGAGUGCUGAUUUCUCUGUGGACACACCAAGUAGUGGAAACACCAGUGGAGCUCUCUAUGUACCAGAUAAAGGUAAUAUUCAAAAGUUUGCUAAUACAUAAGAAUAAAUGGAGUAAGAAACCCUCAACUGUGAAGCUGGAAUGCUUGAAGAGUUGCUUUGAACAUAAGAUCCAAGCUCAAGCUGAUGAAACACAAAAUAUAAAGCUCACUAUUUAUGAACUUGCAAUUGGUGACUGCGCAAGAAAUUGCCUUUUUCUCAGAACGGUGGCUUGGGAGUGGGGGUGAAGCCUUGGAUGUUGCUCUGACCUUAGUAAUUAAUCUCUCCUUUAUUUCCAGCGAUGCCUGACCUAAUAAAGUUGGUUCAUGGAAACACAGCAGGUCUCAGCAAGUUGAUGAUGAAGUUCAGAAAGCAUUGGACUUCAAAGUGGCUAGGUAGAGAUGUCACAGAUGAAGAAGUUGAUGAAAAAAGUCCAAUUUCCAAAAGACAACUUGAGAAGAAAAUUCAGAAUAUUGCUUCUAAGGAAAGAAGAAAUGAUAGGCCUCGCUGGUACGUCCACAGUCACAUUCUGGAAGCCUAUGGCAUAGAGAACUUGUUGGUUGAUGGAUGUACUGGUUCAGAUGCAUCUUCAGAUACUCCUAAGUCUUCUGCGACUUUGCAGGCAAAUACUCCCAGUAUCAUUCAAUUUGCUGCUAGGGGUGCAAGUCCUGAAAUGCAAAAUAACACUCCUAAGAUUCAACCAGCAAGUUUAUCAUGUACUUCAACUUCAAAUUCACCCAUGGAGAUUGACAACAAGGGCUUAACAGGUUUUGGUGGCAUUUUAGGUUCUAAUGUGGUAGAUUUACACUCGCAAGUAGAUGGUGAACCCAAAAGCAAGAGUACUGCACCAAUCAGGAAUAACACUGAAUUAAGUAAAAUUACUCCUGCAAGUGCUGGCUCAAAUACAAUUCAAAAUACAGAAAAUAAUUCUACUGAAAAUUUUAUUGAAACUUUGUGUAUUGACUGA